AUGACUACCAGUCCGAAUAAAUCAACGUCGACUGAGACAUCAGUGAGUGAAACUACUGCUAUUAGUCAAGCGUUAAGGGUUUUUGUUUCUAAGAACUACGGAAAAUCAAAUUCUAUUCUUCUUGCUACGGCUCGCGUGUCAGUAAUUUCUGAAAAUGGUCGUUCACUCAGCAUUCGUGCCUUGAUUGAUCCUGGCUCGGAAGCCACUUUUGUCACCGAAAGAGUAGUACAACUACUUAAAGCAAAACGUAAGAGAACUCAUAUAGAGGUCUUUGGAUUGGGAGGUCAGUCAACGGGAUUUGCAAAUUACAUUGUUUAUUUACAUUUAAAUUCAUGCAACAGGCAGGAAUCUUUACCCGUCCAUGCCUUAGUUUUUUCUAAACUAACUUCGUAUCAAUCUGUUCAGUCAAUGUGUAAUCAACACGUUCAUUUGCAGGGAUUGCAAUUAGCGGAUCCAGAUCCUACUAACCGAGAGCCUAUCGAUUUGUUGAUUGGUGCUGAUUUGUAUGGCUUGAUCUUAUUGGAGGGCCUACGAAGAGGGCCUAGGGACUCUCCUGUAGCACAACAAACGAUCUUUGGAUGGAUAUUGUUUGGAACUCUUUUGGAGAAUCGAUCCGUUCAUCACAUUAGUGUAGCCAGCCUACAUUGUGCCGCGUCUUCUGAAAUCCACUCAUGCUUAAAACGUUUUUGGGAGAUCGAAGAAACUUCUGUUGUUCACACGAUAUUAUCGGAGGAGGAGAAGCAAUGUGAAAAACAUUUUUCUUCCACUUAUUCUCGAUUGUCCAACGGACGAUAUAUAGUACGUCUGCCAUUUAAGAGCAGUCUUCCAAUUGAUAUUGGUGAAUCCUAUACAACUGCUGCUAAAUCACUGGAAAAAUUAGAACGACGUUUAGCACGAAAUACUCAAUUGAGUUUGUCAUAUCAUGAAUUCUUAAACGACUAUGAGACGCUAAGUCAUAUGAUUCCUAUUAAAUCCCAUGAGAUGCCAUUACGUCCUUCUCUAUAUAUUCCGCAUCAUUCAGUCUUAAAAGAAUCCAGCAGUACUUCGCCGUUGCGAGUAGUUUUUAAUGCUUCUAGCUCUACUUUCAAUGGGACAUCGCUCAAUGAUCAUCUCUUGCCUGGCUCUAAGCUUCAGAAUGAUCUUCCCUCAAUAAUAAUGCGUUGGCGCACACAUCGUUUGAUAUUUACCGCCGACAUUGCAAAAAUGUUUCGGCAAAUACUCGUACAUUCGAAUGACGCUGAUUACCAAAGGAUUCUCUGGCGAUCGAAAACGGACAAACCCGUCGAUCAUUAUCGAUUGUUAACUGUUACUUACGGAACCGCUUCGGCGCCAUUUUUCGCUAUGAGGGUAUUACAUCAAUUGUCUCAGGAUGAGGGAGAUGAUUAUCCUCUUGCCAGAACGGUGAUGAAAAAUUCCAUCUAUGUAGAUAAUGUUUUAUUCGGAGCGGACGACGUCACCUCCAUUCUGGAGAUUCGACGUUAA